AUGGAUAUCAGGAAGAUGAACCUGACCCUAUUACUUCUUACACCCUUCAUCAUUAUGAGUCAUUUGCAUGCCCAAUCCAAUCCAUCACAUAACAAUGGUCUCAUUGUGGCAAAGGAGAUUCCGGUAGGACUGAUUCUUGAUUUGGGAUCAUGGGUGGGGAAGACUGUUCAUAGCUGCAUUACGAUGGCUAUUUCUGAUUUUUACGCUCAAAAUAGUCACUACAAAAAGAGGAUAGUUCUGCACACAAGGGAUUCCCAAGGAGAACCCCUGCACGCUUUAUCAGCAGCUCUUGAUCUUUUGCAAAAUAACAAGGUACAAGCCAUCGUUGGCCUGGAAACGCCAAUGGAAGCAAAGUUUUUAGCCCCAUUGGGAGACAAAGCCAAAGUUCCUAUCCUUUCUUUUACCACAAUUCCUUCAUCCUCCAUUAAGUACCCUUAUCUUAUUCAAAUUACAGAAGAUGAAACCACUCACUUUAAAGGCGUCGCUACCAUUGUAGAAUCGUUUAAAUGGAGGGGUGUCAUUUUUAUAAACGAGGACACUGAUCAUGGGAGGGAAAUCUUACCAUAUUUAAUCGAGUCCUUCCUGGAGAAAAACCUCCAUAUAGCUCAUAGAACUGCCAUUUCUCCCUCAGCCAAUGAUCAUCAAAUCCUUCAAGAAUUGCAUAAGCACAGGAGUAUGCAAGCAGCGAUAUUUAUUGUGCAUAUGUCACCUUCUCUUGCAUCUCGCCUCUUCUUGAAUGUGAAAAGGUUGGGAAUGAUGAGUGGAGGAUAUGCUUGGAUUAUAACGGAAACGACCAUGAAUCUUUUGCAUUCCGCGGAUUCAGAAGUCAUCAAAUCAUUGCAAGGGGUAUUGGGUUUCAAGUCUUACAUUCCAUCAUCAAGGGAGCUGCACAACUUUACUAGAAGGUGGAAACAUGAAUUGUAUACCAAGGACCCUACAAUGGAAGUGAACGAUUUAAAUGUGUUUGGCAUAUGGGCAUAUGAUGGAAUUUGGGCACUGGCAAAGGCUGUUGAGAGGGUAGGGACUGAAUCUCCACCUGUAACGAAUAAUCAAGGCACGGGAUUGAGAUUAUUUGACUUGGCUGAAAUCAGUGUCUCUCAAAGUGGCAGGACACUUCUAAAUGAGAUACUGCAAACCAAAUUUAGGGGUUUAAGUGGUGAGUUUCAGAUUAUGAAUGGAAAGCUGAAAUCGCAGGAAUUUGAAAUAGUGAAUGUCAUAGGCAAGGGGGAGAGAACAGUAGGAUUUUGGACGUCAACAGAUGGAAUCAAGAGAGAAAUGUACCGAUCGGUCCACGGUCUUGAAACCAUUAUAUGGCCAGGCGGGUCUACAAUUAUUCCAAAAGGUUGGAUGAUGUCAAUGAGUGGCAAAAAGCUCAGGGUUGGUGUUCCAACAAAUCCAGGGUUCAAGGAGUUGGUACAUGUGGACCAAAAUCAAGCUAAUGAAACAACUGUCACUGGUUUCUGUAUAGCUGUGUUUAAGGCUGCCAUUGAAGCCUUACCAUUCGAAGUACCUUAUGAAUUUAUUCCAUUUGUGGGUGCCGAUGGAAAGAAUUUAGGAACGUACAAUGAUCUUACGGAUCAGGUCUAUCUACAGGUAUGUCUAGUUCCCUCGUAG